GUGUGUGCGCGUGUGCGCGUGUGCGCGUGUGCGCGUGUGCGUGUGUGCGUGUGCAUAAUGGUUGCUGUAAAGAACAGCGCGUCAGUCGCUCCUACGGCAGACAAGACACCGACUCCAAACACUGGAGCUUCAUCUGAGCUAACACAGGAGAUUCAUCUGAGCUAACAGGAACUUAAUCGGAUUCAACACAGGAGAUUCAUCUGAGCUAACGCAGGAGACUCAUCUGAUUCAACACAGGAGAUUCAUCUGAUUCAACACUGGAGAUUCAUCUGAUUCAACACAGGAGAUUCAUCUGAUUCAACACUGGAGAUUCAUCUGAUUCAACACUGGAGAUUCAUCUGAUCCAACACUGGAGAUUCAUCUGAUUCAACACUGGAGAUUCAUCUGAUUCAACACUGGAGAUUAAUCUGAUCCAACACUGGAGAUUCAUCUGAUUCAACACUGGAGAUUCAUCUGAUCCAACACAGGAGAUUCAUCUGAUCCAAAACUGGAGAUUCAUCUGAUUCAACACUGGAGAUUCAUCUGAUUCAACACUGGAGAUUCAUCUGAUUCAACACUGGAAAUUCAUCUGAUCCAACACAGGAGAUUCAUCUGAUCCAACACAGGAGAUUCAUCUGAUUCAACACAGGAGAUUCAUCUGAUUCAACACAGGAGAUUCAUCUGAUUCAACACUGGAGAUUCAUCUGAUCCAAAACUGGAGAUUCAUCUGAUUCAACACAGGAGAUUCAUCUGAUCCAACACAGGAGAUUCAUCUGAUUCAACACAGGAGAUUCAUCUGAUUCAACACAGAAGAUUCAUCUGAUUCAACACAGGAGAUUCAUCUGAUCCAACACAGGAGAUUCAUCUGAUCCAACACUGGAGAUUCAUCUGAUCCAAUAGAGGAGCUUCAUCUGAUCCAUCACAGGAGUUCCAUCUGAUCCAUCACAGGAGCGUCGUCUGAUUCCUCAGGGGCAUUAGGGGGAAUUAGCUGCCCUGGGGGCAAAAUUAAUUGAGUGGAAAGAUGGCUGACGAGGCUUCACCCUCAACAUCAUCAACAUCUUCACCCUCAACAUCAUCAACAUCUUCACCAUCAACAUCAUCGACAUCUUCACCAUCACCCUCAACAUCGCGUCUGUGCACGCUGACAUCGUUACCAUCGCCAGCAGCCUCAUUCUCACCUGCAGUGUCACAGCCAUCACCACCACCUGCACCAUCACCAUCGCCAGUUUUCGCAUCGCACUCAUCACCAGUGCCACCAUCGCCGCAAUUGACAUCACCACGGUUCCCAUCAACACCAUCAUCAGCUGAACUGCCACCAUCAUCGCCACCGCUACCAUCAUCACCAUCAUCAGCUGAACCGUCACCAUCACCAUUGUCACCAUUGCCACGACCACCACCAUCAUCACCACCGCUACCAUCAUCGCCAUCACCAUCAUCAGCUGAACCGUCACCAUCAUUGUCACCAUUGCCACGACCACCACCAUCAUCACCACCGCUACCAUCAUCGCCAUCAUUAUCAACUCAACCGCCACCAUCAUCACCACCGCUACCAUCAUCGCCAUCAUCAGCUGAACCGUCACCAUUGUCACCAUUGCCACGACCACCACCAUCAUCAUCGUCAACUCAACCGCCACCAUCAUCACCACUGCUACCAUCAUCACCAUCAUCAUCAGCUGAACCGCCACCACCACCGCUACCAUCAUCGUCAACUCAACCGCCACAACAGACGUCACAAUCACCGCCUCGACCAUUCCCACCACGACCACCUUCGCCACCACCGCCACCACCACCACCACCGCCAUCACCACCACCGCCACCCUAUUCAUCUCAGUCAUCGACAGCGGCUGCUCCGUUGCGUCUCCCGCAGCUCUUCCUCCUGACACAACUUCAGUCACUGGGACCCUUCUUCCCACCGCCACCACCGUCGCCGCCGCCAUCCCGGCGAUCUUCGACGUCCUCCUCCCCGCCGCCACGUGGCCGCCACGUGGUGGGGCUGCGAGCUCGCCGCGCCGCACUCGCCACGGGCCUCCUGUGCGCCUGCGCGGGCGCCUUCCUGCUGGCGGCCGGGGGCCCCGGGGGCCGAGCGCCUGGCGCCAGUGCCCCUGGGGCAGACGCGUGCGCCGUCGGCUGCGUUGCCUGUGCCCCCGGGGCAGAGGCGUGCGUUGUAAUUGCCCCAGGGGCAGACGCGUGUGUUGUUUCCUGCGUUGCUUGUGCCCCAUUGGCAGACGCGUGCGUUGUUACCUGUGCCGCAGGGGCAGACGCGUGUGUUGUAAUUGCCCCCGGGGCAGACGCGUGUGUUGCUUGUGCCCCAUUGGCAGACGCGUGUGUUGUAAUUGCCCCAGGGGCAGACGCCUGUGCGACAUGCGGGACCGCCUGCAACCCCCUUAGUGCCCCCUGCGCCCCCCUCUGCGCGCCCUCGUCUGCCCCGCACGGCCCGGAGCCCUGCCGUGCCCUCUGGGUCACUUGCCGGACCCCCGGCGGGACCCCCCCCGGCGGCGGUGCCCUGGCCCCCCCCCCCGGCCCCCCGCGUGGGCCUGGGCGCCUGGGCCUACGGUCUGACCUGCGUGGGCCUGGGCCUGGUGCUCACGGCGGCCCUGUCCCUGCGGUGUGGGGCCCCACGGACUCCGUCCACCUCCUCCUUGCGCAGACGCCACGACUUCCCUCCCCCAUACGAGGCCUCCCCGCGUGCCCGGCCCGACCUCCCCGCGCCCUACGACCUCCCGCCACCAGGCGAGCCCGAGGCUCAGGCCUGGGGUGAGGAGAACGGGGCCUACGAGCAGGGAGAAGAGACGACCCCUCCACCACCUCCUCCUCCUCCCUACAGCGAGACGCCCUCAGCUGCAGCUCCCCUACACAGUUACCCGCACGACACUCCACCACACGCGGUGACUUGCCGAUUGGCGGUGUAUGCAGGGUGGCCCAAAAGUUAGGACACAUCGAGGUUGUUGUACUGGUAGGAACCGCCUGGUUACACCAGCCCACGGGAUUAUUGUGUCCGUCCGUCCGUCGUGAAUCCAAAAA